CAUCUCUGUUUUGUUCUGUCUCUGAUUCUUCUUCUGCUCUUUUUCACUCCUCAAGAACCAACCAACACUUCACUCUUCUCCUCUCCCCCUCUCUCUCUCUCUCUGCACUUGUCAAAGUUCUAUUCCUAGUGAAACUGAACACAGAAUUUUUUGUGGGUCACUGACUUUUUUGUACCACAUGGAGAGGGAUUUUCUUGGCUUCAGUUCCAAAAAUGGUCCACGGAGUAUCAUGAAGGUGGAUGAAGCCAACAGAACAAGAGACCCAGUGAUGGGUUCAGGAAUGCAGUGGUCAUUCUCAAACAAGGUCCCAGCCCUUCCUCAUCAAUUCCUGUCUUUCAAGACCACUCAGGAAGAAAGGUCCAGAAACAGUUCUAUUAGUGAUCCUUUAGCUUCAUCUGGAUAUAUGACCAUCUCAACUAAAGAUGCUUUUGACUCUAACCAGAAACCAUUCUUACAGAAAAACUUGUCCAUAGGCAAACAAGCAGGGAACAACCAUGGAAUGACAGUUUAUCCUCUGCAAUGUUCUGAUGUACAAUCAGCUUGCCUUCAGGAACCAAGAAAAUUUCCAGUUUCCAACCAAUCUAAGCAAGUGAGUCCUGUUCUUCAAUCUAAUCUAGCUACUACUGGAUUCAACAUGGUCAACUCAGUAAUAAAGCCACAACCUCUUGGUUCUAAAUCCUCUGCCACACCUGUAUCUGUUCUUCCACCAAUUGGUUCCAUUGUUGGCUCUACUGACUUAAGGAAUUGUUCCAAAUCCUCUGGCACACCUGCUCAGCUAACCAUUUUCUAUGGUGGUUCAGUAUGUGUGUUUGAUGACAUAUCUCCUGAGAAGGCCAAGGCUGUCAUGUUAAUGGCUGGAAAUGGAUCUGCAGCAAAUCAAACCUUGGCAGUUUCCAAAGCUAAAUUGCAGACAGAAAUCUCUGCUCCUUCCAAAAAUGGUGGUUUCAUUAUAAGCCAACCCUUUCCCUCAUCCUCACCACUACCAGGCCCUCUCCCAGUGACCUCUCAUGCUAGUUCUCAGCCUGGGAGAGGAUCUUCUGGCAACAAUGAACUUCCAAUGAUAAGACCAGCUGGACCUUCAACUGCCCCUAAUAACCAUUCAAGAUCUGCAGCUACAAAAAUGAUUCAACCAGGAGGCUUGCCUCAGGCACGUAAAGCAUCAUUGGCUAGGUUUUUGGAGAAGCGAAAGGAAAGGGUGAUAAGCACAUUGCCAUACUUCAAGUGCAACAAGACAUCACCUGAAUGCAGCACUCCUGGAUCAGACAGUGUUGGUUUCUCCAUGGACUUCUCUGGAUCAUGUUCUCUACCUACCUCUAACUAGUCCUUAAGAAGAGGGUGUAUGAAAGUUUAGAUAUAUGAUUUUGUAAGGUCGAUUCUUUUGAUCAAUGGCAGAGAAAUUUCUUAGGCAUUUAGUUCAUAAUAUUUUCUUUUUGAGCUUUUCAUAAUAAUUGUUACUUUUUUGCAGUAUUUUACUUCAGAUCUUGGAUGUUGUCAUAUGAUAUUUUUAGCUUUCAUCAUGUUUAUAAAUAAUUAUUUCUUUUUGUACAACAGUGAACACUCUUCAGAUUCAUUAUUGCCGUGUAAGGCUGUUAGUGUUCAAAUUAUAUUUAGACUUGUGUAA